GAAAGGAAACACAGCACAUAGCUAUCAUAUAAGGAAAAAAACCCAUAAAGAACGCGCCGAUGAAGAUGAAGUUUUUUCUAUUUAACCUUUUGGUGGUGUUACUACUUUUACAACCCUUUUCUGCGAAAGCGGCAAAGGUUGCUAAAGAAAAGUAUGAUUCCGACGAUCUCCCUUCCUUAUCGGAUAUUCUCGCUCAAAAUUUCGAGGUUAGCGUGAUAACGCAGUCUUUUGGUGUUUUUAACGCCUCACUUCGGAUUCAAAGCUCGCCCUACUUCAAGGGGCGGCUUUACGGGGAGCUCAUUCCUCAUGGUGAUCUUCUUCUGAUGACGGAAGCGGGUGACGCGACGGGCACCAUUCCGCACUUUUCUCGCUUCCGUGAAGCGAUAGAUGAUCAGCUGAGUGUAUUAACCUCGAGUGCGGAGUUGUCUUCUCAGAUGCCGAACGAGCGACCGACGCUGCUUGUGUUCGACAUGGAAGUCCGCACGCUGCCCUCCAAGCAGCGACCAUCGAUUGAGAUCAGGGCGUUUUACCUACCAGAGGCCCCAAGCGCGCUGCAGGAAAUGCACGAAGCGAUUCAAGAAGGUACUGCACUGCCCGUGGCGAUGGCGGAGCUUUUUUUCCGCCCGACGCGUCCUGCCAUGACGAGUGUGAUGCUCAGCGACAUCCCCGUGUUCGCGCGGAUUGCCUCCGCGAUGCUCUAUCCCCCUGCCGAUUCCUCCGCCAAGACCGCUUCUAAGGGUGGUAUCACCAUUAAUUUCUUCUCGGAGCAUGAGUUCACGAUCGAUUUGCGGCUUUCAAAGAGCCUUCUAAGGGGUGGCUUGGGGGCCAAAUCGGAAUCUUCAUCCGAUUCGACGGGUGAUGCGGGCGACGAGCGUGUGUGGGUGCACGGCUACGCUCCGAUUUCCGCGCGGCUUUCACCUCGCGAGGUGCCAAGUAGGCCGUGGUGGGUAGUCCCGUCAACGAUUCUGAUCAUCCUCCUGACGUUUUUCCUCCAGAUCAUCACGGGAAUACACGAUGGCAAACAAAAGGCCGUUAAACAGGGGAAUCCGAACUCGGCCGUCACCGCAGCCGCGAAAAAGACGAAUUAG